GAGGUACAAGUAAACUGACAUUUAAAUUCCCGAAACCUCAAGAAGCUUUCCAUUAACACACCAUUAACCGUACAAAACUACAAAUAAUGAUUUUUAGCAAUAUUUCAGGAUAAUGAUUUAUAAAAAGCACAAGACAAUACCGGAAAUACCCUUGAGCUUAUCCAUGUCAUCGCAAGGUUUUUCCUCUUUUAAAAGGAAGAAGAGAGACACUGUCGUCGUCACACAACACCACUCAAUUCGAGCAAGCUCCAUAGCUAGCUAGAGAGAGAAAACAAGUUCUUUUAGAGAGAGGGAAAAAAGAGAGAGAUUCACGAUGUCGAAAGAAGUGAGCGAAGAGGGACAAACUCAUCACCAUGGAAAAGACUACGUCGAUCCACCACCAGCUCCGCUUUUCGACAUGGGUGAGCUCAAGUCCUGGUCUUUCUACAGAGCUCUCAUCGCCGAGUUUAUCGCUACUCUCCUCUUCCUCUACGUGACCGUAGCCACCGUCAUCGGCCACAAGAAACAAACCGGUCCUUGCGACGGCGUUGGUUUACUCGGAAUCGCUUGGGCCUUCGGUGGUAUGAUCUUCGUCCUCGUUUACUGCACCGCCGGUAUCUCUGGUGGUCACAUCAACCCAGCUGUGACUUUCGGUCUGUUCUUGGCCCGUAAGGUCUCGUUGGUGAGAGCUGUUGGUUACAUGAUAGCUCAGUGUCUUGGAGCCAUUUGCGGUGUGGGUUUCGUGAAAGCUUUCAUGAAAACUCCCUACAACACCCUCGGAGGCGGAGCUAACACCGUAGCCGACGGUUACAGCACGGGAACUGCUCUCGGGGCUGAGAUCAUCGGAACCUUCGUCCUCGUCUACACCGUCUUUUCCGCAACUGACCCUAAGAGAAGCGCUCGUGACUCUCACAUCCCCGUUUUGGCUCCACUUCCAAUUGGAUUCGCUGUGUUCAUGGUGCAUUUGGCUACCAUCCCCAUUACUGGAACUGGAAUUAACCCAGCGAGAAGCUUUGGUGCUGCUGUAAUCUACAACAACGAGAAGGCUUGGGAUGACCAAUGGAUCUUCUGGGUUGGUCCAUUCUUGGGAGCACUUGCAGCAGCAGCAUACCAUCAAUACAUAUUGAGAGCUGCAGCAAUCAAGGCCUUGGGCUCAUUCCGAAGCAACGCAACCAACUGAUGAUCAAGUGUGAAUUUCCCACUUAGUCAAGGCUUAAAUGUGAAGAAACAACUUAAGAUUUAUGUGCUUUAUUAUUAUUAUUUGAUCUUCUUUUGCGUGUAAUGAGAGAGAAUUAAGUUGGUGGAUGAUGUUAAUUAUGGUUUCUUCUUUUUUUCUUCCUUUUAAAUCCCACUUUGUUACUUUAGUUUUAGUUCCGGUGUGUCUUGUGAAUCUUUUGCUCUUUGUUUUCUUAUUAGCAGUUUCGGUAUUUAUCCUUUUCCCUACCUCCAUUUUCAAGAGCAGUGAUCACUUACUUAUCGUGAAAUCGAACAAUCCAAUUUCACUUAUUGGUCUAUGGUUUUCACAAAUAUUAAAUGAUCUUGAACUCUUGUGAGAAGCGUCAAAAGAAAAUAAACAUUUCGGCUGAAAAUAAUAGUGUGGAGAAGAUGUGGAGGUGGUGGGUCUUUGAUUUCAUUAUCCUCGGGUCGACCGAAAAACCAA